AUGGGUGAAGCGCAGUCUAUCGAAAGUGUUUUGGCGCAGAAGAAUGAGUUAGCCAUGAAACUGCUGUGCGAGGGGCUGUCGAUGGUGGGGGGCAGCUCGAUGCUGCUUCAGGAGCUGGCCGAUCUGAGUGCGAACAGCGCGAUGCCGGACGGUGCGGGUGUUGAACUCGAGAAAGCGCUCUCCGGACUGGCCCAGGUGCACUGGAUGACAUUGUCGGUGCUGGAACUGAACAUCAAUGUCCAGCAGCAGCGCAGCGUGAUCGAUAGCGCGACGAUUGAUCCGAGCGUGGAGAUUCUGUUUGUGGACGCCCUGAUCCGGACGAUCAAGCUUCUCUUCCAAGCCUACGAAAUGUUGGUCGACGUAUCCAGCGAUCUCCAUUGUUCUCCGUCCGUGUGCGCCCCCAACUACAACCAGCCAUUGCUCGCACUUCAUUUUGUUAUUGCAGCGAUCGCAGAACUCUGCGACGCACUCGUAAAAGUUGCGAAAUAUCGCUAA